AUGGCAUCUUUCUUUUCUGAGUUUGGCCUUAUGUGGUACUUGGAAGAGCUAAACAAGAAGGAAUUUAUAAAGUUUAAGGAGUUCCUCAAACAGGAGAUUCUACAGUUGGGGCUGAAACAGAUUUCCUGGACCGAGGUGAAGAAGGCGUCUCGGGAAGACCUUGCCAACUUACUGGUGAAACAUUAUGAGGAGAAGCAAGCCUGGGAUAUAACCUUCCAAAUCUUCCAGAAGAUCAACAGGAAGGAUCUCAGUGAGAAGGCAGCAAAAGAGAUUGCUGGAAACCCAAAGAUAUAUCAAGCUUAUUUGAAGAAGAAGCUGACCCAAGAUUGGUCCAGAAAGUUAAUCAUCAGAGGUCAGGAUUCCUUUAAGCAAGAAUUGACCCAGGAAGACUAUGCUUAUUUUGAGGACCUUCUUGUAUCAAAGGCAACUGGAAAGAAGCCACAGAUGGUUGUGCAAGGAGUGGCAGGAAUUGGCAAGACCCUGAUGUUGGCAAAGUUGAUGCUGGCCUGCUCGGAUGGCCGUGUGUUUCUAUUCUCCUACAUCUUCUGCUUCUGCUGUGAUGAAGUGAAACAAUUGAAGACAGCAAGCCUGGCUGAAUUGAUCUCCAGAGAGUGGCCCAGCCCCUCAGCUCCCAUAGUGGAGAUAUUGUCCCAACCUGAGAAACUCUUAUUUAUCAUUGACGGCUUGGAAGGGAUGAAAUGUGAUUUGACCGAAUGGGAAUUAGAGAUGUGUGAUAAUUGGAUGGAGAAGCAGCCAGUGAAUAUACUGCUGAGCAGUUUGCUCAGGAGGAAGCUACUCCCUGAAUCCUCUCUCCUCAUCUCAGCUACACCAGAGGCUUUAAAGAAAAUGGAGGGUAGGAGUGAGUGCACAAAUAUGGAAAUAAUAACAGGACUCAGUGAGAACAGUAUUAAGAGGUAUUUCCACAGCUUGUUCCGAGAUAGGAACAGAGCCCGGGAAGCCUACAGUGUUGUGAGAGAAAAUGAGCAUCUGUUUGCUCUGUGUGAGGUCCUUCUGAUCUGCUGGAUGGUGGCUACUUAUUUGAAAAAAAUAGAGAAGGGAAGAGAGCCAGUCGCCAUCUGCCGACGUACCUCCCUGUAUACCACUCACAUCUUCAAUUUGUUCAUUCCCCGAAGUGCCUGCCAUCCAAGUAAGAAAAGCCAAGCCCAGCUGCAAGGCUUGUGCUCCCUGGCUGCAGAAGGCAUGUGGACUGGCACAUUUGUGUUCAGCGAGGAGGCUCUCAGGAGAAAUGGGAUCAUUAGUUCUGACAUCUCCACACUGCUGGACAUGAGGAUACUUCUAAAGAGCAGGGAACCUGAAAACUGUUACAUAUUCCUCCACCCAUCCAUCCAGGAGAUCUGUGCUGCUGUCUUUUAUCUACUAAAGAGCCAUGUGGACCACCCUAGUCAGGAUGUUAAAUGUGUAAAGACACUCAUAUUUAUGUUUUUAAAGAAAGUCAAAGUACAGUGGAUUUUUUUGGGCUGUUUCAUCUUUGGCCUUUUGCACGAAUCAGAACAAGAAAAGCUAGUGACGUUUUUUGGCUACCAGCUGUCCCAGGAAAUAAAACAGCAGUUGUAUCAGUGCCUUGAAACCAUUAAUGCUGAUGACGAGCUUCAAGAACAAAUAGACGGCAUGAAGUUAUUUUACUGUCUGUUUGAGAUGGAGGAUGAGGCCUUCUUAGUGCAAGCAAUGAGCUGUAUGAGACAGAUUAACUUUGUGGCUAAAGAUUAUUCUGAUUUUAUUGUUGUCGCCUACUGCCUAAGACAUUGUUCUGCACUGAAGAAACUAUCGUUUUCAACCCAAAAUGUCCUACAUGAAGAACAUGAACAAAGCUAUAUGGAAAAGUUACUCAUCUGUUGGCAUCAUAUGUGUUCUGUUCUCAUAAAGAGCAAGGAUAUCCGGCUACUCCAAGUAAAAGACACUCAUCUCAGUGAGCCAGCCUGUUUGGUCUUGUAUAAUCAUUUGAUGUAUCCAAGCUGCAACCUUCAAGUACUUGAGGUAAAUAGUGUGUCCUUCUUAUGUGAUACUCACCUGUUCUUUGAGUUGAUAAAUCAGAGCCGCAGUUUGCUGCACUUGGACCUCAGCCUCACAUUCCUCUCUGAGACUGAUGUAAAACUAUUGUGUGAUGUCUUGAACCAGGAAGAGUGCAACAUAAAAAAUCUGAGGGUAGCAGACUGUCACCUUUCACCUGAUGUCUGCAAGAUAUUUGCCUCCGUCCUGAUCAGCAGCAAGACAUUGAAGCAUCUUAACUUCACAUCCAAUAAUUUGGACAAAGGAAUGCACUCACUGUGUAAGGCUUUGUGCCACCCAGACUGUGUGCUAAAUGGCUUAGUGUAAGUGGCCUUGAGUAGUGGGGGCACUGUGGAGAACUGUUGGCCAACUGGGAACAAAACCCUGAGCUACCUGGACAUCAGCUCCAAUGACCUAAAGGAUGAAGGACUGAAAGUUCUCUGUAGGGCUUUGACUCUCCCAGACAGUGCCCUGAAGUCUAUACGUUUGAAAAACUGUCUUAUCACCACCAGUGGCUGCCAGGAUCUGGCUGAAGUCCUCAGCAGCAACUGGAACCUGAGGAGCCUCCAGGUUUCAGACAAUAAGCUGGAAGACGCUGGUGUGAAGCUGCUGUGUGAUGCUGUGAAACAUCCCAACUGCCAUCUAGAGAAUCUCGGGCUGGAAGCCUGUGAGCUGACUAGUGCCUGUUGUGAGGACCUUGCUUCUGCUUUUACCCAGAGUAAGACCCUGUGGGAGAUCAACCUGCUGGAGAAUGCCUUGGACCACAGUGGGUUGGUUGUAUUGUGCGAGGCUCUGAAACGUCGGCCGUGUGCCCUGCAUGUACUUGGGUGA